CCCGCUCAUCCUCACCCACCGACAGAACCAUCAACCAGAAACACCAUGACCGAAUCAUCCUUCGGAAAUAACAUUCCCCCCUACACCCCCAUGAAAUCCCUCGGCCAUGAGCUCGGCACCUUGUUCGGCUUCCUGGCCGCGUGCUUUGUCGUGAUGGGCGUGUAUGUUUAUGUCUGGAGGGCUGUGGAACACCGUGAAGCCCACCGCGAAAAACUCCGCCACCAAAUGCUCGAAUCCCGAUGCGUGGACCCGCACAUCCACGAACAACGCCUCCACCCGGACUACCAACCCAUGGGCACCUCAACGACCAUCACCGCGGGUUCGACAACAAGCGCCACGCCAUUCGCGCCGGCUGGGAGCGGUAGCGUCCGUGGCUUUGGUCCCGGUAGUGUUGGUGGUAGCGUUCGCGGGUUUGGCAGCGGCGGCGGCAGCGGCGGCGGCGGUGGUGGUGGUGGUGGUGGUGGUGGUGGUGGUGGAAGCCGAUACGGCGGCGAUUAUCGUGGCGGAACGUCUACGCCGACGACCGCUGCGUCGGGCUCGGGGAUUGGGAUUGAGAAGCGGGCGGAGGUGGAUAGGUAUCAGGCUCAGGGUCAGGGCCAGCGGGAGGAUGGAGAGAAGGAUAAGGGGCGGAAGAUGGGGGGGAGUCGGGGGGGUGGUCUGGGGAGUUUUGGGAAGGGAUGUGGGUGGGAGUGGGAGUGGCAAUGGGAAGGCGAGGAAGGGGGCUGA